CAGACUUCUCCUCUGCAGAGUCUGCACGGCGACGAGCACGACGACGAGCGAACCAUGACCAAGUACAUUGUCGUAUCCGGCGGUGUGGUGAGCGGCAUCGGGAAGGGCGUGAUCGGUACGCUCCAGCGCGUCGCCUCUCUCAGGUUAUGUUCAAGCACCCGUUGUAGCCUCCUCGACAGGCUUGCUCCUCAAGACGACCGGUCUGAAGGUCACCGCGAUCAAGAUUGACCCGUACAUGAACAUAGAUGCAGGCACCAUGCGGCCCCAGGAGCAUGGCGAGGUGUAUGUCCUGAACGACGGCGGCGAGGUCGACCUCGACCUUGGCAACUACGAGCGGUAUCUGGACGUUACUCUGUCGCGUGACAACAACAUCACUACCGGCAAAAUCUAUCGGGAGGUCAUUGAGAAAGAGCGGCGGGGAGACUACCUCGGCAAGACCGUACAGAUCGUACCGCAUAUCACGAACGCGAUCCAAGACUGGAUAGAGCGCGUCUCGAAGAUCCCUGUAGACGAGACAGGCGAAGAGCCGGAUGUGUGCAUCGUAGAGCUCGGAGGCACGGUCGGUGACAUCGAGUCGGCACCAUUCGUGGAGGCCAUGCGACAGUUCCAAUUCCGAGUAGGCUAUGAAAACUUUGCCCUCAUUCAUGUCUCCCUGGUCCCGGAUAUGCACGGCGAGCAGAAGACGAAGCCGACGCAAACCACAGUGCACGCGCUGCGAGGGCUUGGUUUGCUGCCCGACCUGAUUGCCUGCCGUUUGAUCGUGCAAAAACCUCUUGAACCCGCAACAAAAGCCAAGAUCUCGAUGUUCUGCCAUGUCGCGCCGGAGCAGGUCAUCGGCGUCCACGAUGUCUCAUCCGUCUACCAUGUCCCUCUUCUCCUCCAAUCACAAGGCAUCGUUGACUAUCUAAGCAAACGUCUCAACCUGGGCGUGCUCAAGCUGACGCAGGAAAUGAAGGAAAGGGGCACACAGUUGGAGUGCCGAUGGAGGGAGCUCACAAAACGCCAAGAACGAGUGAUUGACGAUGUCACGAUUGUCCUCGUCGGAAAGUACACAGACCUACACGACUCGUACAUGUCGGUCACGAAGUCGCUCGAGCACUCUGCCUUCAGGUGUAACCGCCGUCUAAUUCUCAAAUGGGUCGACGCGUCUGAUCUGGAACCCGAAACGCAGACAUCAAGUCCCGCGAGGUAUCACGACGCAUGGCGCGCCGUCGUCUCUGCGGGUGGUAUCCUCGUCCCCGGGGGGUUCGGUGAGCGUGGCACGGAGGGCAUGAUGCUCGCGAUCAAGUGGGCACGCGAACAGAAAAUCCCCUUCCUGGGCAUCUGCUUCGGCUUCCAGAUGGCGGUCGUCGAGUGGGCGCGGAACGUCUGCGGGUUCGAAGGCGCGACGUCAGGCGAGUUCGACCCCGACGCAAAGCACCCGAUCAUCAUCUUCAUGCCCGAGAUCUCGCGGACACACAUGGGCGGUACGAUGCGUCUCGGACUGCGGCCGACAAUGUUCCAGGACGGCAGCGAUGCAUGGUCGAGGGCACGUCGGCUGUAUGGUGGCGCGGGCAAGGUCUGGGAGCGGCACCGGCACCGCUACGAAGUCAACCCGGCGUACAUCGAGAAGCUCACGGAGAGCGGGAUGACCUUCGUCGGGCGGGACGAGAAGGGCGAGCGAAUGCAGGUGCUCGAACUCAAGGAUCACCCGUACUUCGUUGGCUUCCAGGCUCAUCCUGAAUUCUGCACCCGCCCUCUUAACCCUUCGCCGCCGUUCCUCGGCUUCGUCGCCGCUGCUUCCGGGCAGACCGUCCUGGAUGAGCAGAUGGAGUACCAGCUCAAGAACUUCCGUCCACCACAUCCGGAGGGCUCGAUGGUCAGCGAGGACGAGCUCCGACAAAACGACACGCCGCCUCCUGGUGCGGAGAAGGUUCUGCGGGAGGAGUCAUGAUGCCAUGGACGAUUCACAUACGGUUGGGUUGGGGUUGAAUGUAUAGGCCGCGUAGACUUUGUUGUGCUACUGCAAUUCGUCGAAUGUUAGAAAGUAUGAUAGACAUCGCAUUGUCAGAUACUCCAUGCAUGUAUGUUCUCUAUUAGCCAUAUUAAAAUAAUAUCAGUUCCACCAGCCCCACUCAA